UCUAAGAUUGGCGCGUAACCUAGCAACACAGGACCGUGGAGAUGGUUAACCGUGGGCAGAGAAACUUGCUUGCAGUUUGAGGUCCCGGGUUGCUAGAGAUUGUGAAAGCCAGGAGAGCCUUGAGUUGGCCGACGUCUCAGUGCCAGGUAUAGAAAGGCAAAGUCAGCAGCUCUGGAGAUGACCUUCCAGGUCUUUAGCAUGGCCCCUUCCUACCACGGGCUGGCUAUCCAAAGAAUCCCACUGAGGACAGACCUAAUCCCGGCUGUGCCGAUGAAGACCUUGGCCCCAUCCAAAUCCAAGCUCAGCACCAUCGAGGCCAAGAGAAUCAUGACGGUCCUGGAUGAAGGCAUACAAAAGGUGGGCCUGGUGACCCUGAUGUCCUACGUAGAGUCUCACCCAGAGACUCUGGAGGGAAUGUUCCCUGAAGACUUGGUGAAAGCCAUGAGAGAGCAUUUGGACAUUGGCCAGGCCCUGCUGGAGGGUGCCAGCAUCCUGCAGGAGAAACAGAAACGUCUGGAAGAAGACGUGGAGGAAGCUGAGGAAGGCUGGUGCCGAGAACGCCUACUAUCCAUAGACCUAUGCAGGGCCAGCCUCUGGCCACUGGCACACCAGUUCCGAGACUCCACCAAGACUCUCCUGAGGCUCCUGAUCAGUGACUCCCAGGUCAUCACACUCCUACAGAUACAGGCCCCAGGCAGAAGCCCAGGGGCCCAGCGCCUCCUCAACAGCCUGGUGGAGCUGCGGGGCUUCCUCUUUGAAAAGCUGAUCACCAGCCCUAUGGAAGUGAAGGAGAAGAACCAGUUCAUACAGGACAUCAACCGGAGGAAUGAAAGGAACCAAGAAGUCAUCGAUGCCCUCCAGGCUGAGCUGGCAGAGGUGCUGAAGAGUAAGGAGGCAGAGGUGGAGAAGGAGAACUUUGUGAUCCAGGAACUGAAGCACCACCUGCACCAGGUGUUCAAGUUUUCGGAGAACAGCCUCCUUCGCACCAAGCAGGAGGCAGAGAAACAGCAGAAGAUGGAUUACCGGGCCUCGCAGGCCAGGCUGGCCAAGAUACAGCAGGAGAUCCUGGCGCUGCGCUCACAGUACUACAACCUGGUCAUGGAGAAUCGGGAGGUGGAGCAGGCCCUGAGGAAGAAAAAAUAUAAAGUGGAGACAGAAAUUGAGAACUGGAUCCAGAAAUACGACAUGGAGAUGAGUGAGAAGCAGGAUGAAUACGAGGACCUGGAGAGCAUCCACAAGGAGGAGAAGCUGCAGCUGGAGGAGCUGAAGGAAAGGCAUGCUGUGCUGGUAGAGGAGUUCUCCCAGAUCCGCGCCGAGAGUGAGAUCAACUCCAAGAAACGGGUGGAGGCGGAGCGCGAGAUGGUGCGCAUGGUGAAGGCCGCUACGCUCAUCCAGGCGGUGUGGAAGGGAUACCUGGUGCGCUCCAUGCUCAGGUCCAAGAGGAAGAAGAAGGGCAAGGGCAAGGGCAAAGACAAGGGGAAGGGCAAGGAGAAGGGCAAGGAGAAGGAGAAGGGCAAAGAGGAGAAGGGUAAGGAGAAGGCGGCCAAGGGCAAAGGCAAAGGCAAGAAGUGACUGCUGCCUGACCUGGCCCCGCCCACGCCCAGCCUCAACCACGCCCCUACCCUGCCCUGGGCCCUUCCAUCCCUAGCUUUAAUGAUGGCUAAAAUAAAGACAAAAUAAAACCCCUUCAACAGACAUGUCUCUCCCGGGAUGAGACUGUGUUGCUCACAGGCACAGCAUCCUGAGGAGGGUGCAAGCUUUGGGCCCCCAUCCUUCCACAUCUUCAUUGAGAAAUGAGGCCCUGGUCCAAGCCCAGGAGCUACUGUGGACGCCAUGGAGAGAUCAUCACCAGUUAGCCCUGGCUUGCCCUGGGACUGUCCGCUCACCCACGGCUCUGCCCCUAGGCUAUGAACUGUCAGGAAGGCAGCAGCAUUGAGUGUUUGUUUGGCAUUUAGAUUGUUUGCACGGUUUUUUGUUUUGUUUUGUUUUUUUUGAGACAGGGUUUCUCUGUGUAG